AAAAGAUUUGGUUAUAAAUCAAAACAGUAAAAUCUUGAAAUUUCCGGAAGAAAAAGGUAUUUGAAGUGUUUCAUGAGAAGUUUCGAACCAAGUGCCGUUUGAUAGUUUCUGUAAAUAUUGUUAACCUGGAAUUUUUUUGUAGUGACGUUAUAAUAUGUAUUGAAUUUUGUGAAGAUAGUGUUUUGCUAGACUUAUACUUCGAAUCAUGGAUUUGAUACCUCGAAUCAUGAAUUUGGAUAUUGCCGCAACAGAGGAUAAUUUAUUGGAAGCAUUGCGAAGAGCGUCUAGUCAAGAUGCGGCAAUAUUAAAACCUGCAGAAGCCAAAUUGCGUGAAUGGGAAGUUCAACCUGGGUUUUACUCUGCCUUACUUAAUAUAAUAGCGACUCAUGAUUUAGACUUGAACAUAAGAUGGAUGGCUGUAUUGUACAUGAAGAAUGGUAUUGAUAAGUAUUGGAGGAAGAGUGCUCCGAAUGCUAUAAGUGAAGAUGAAAAGACUUUGAUUAAAAGGGGACUGAUUUCAUCAUUUAAUGAACCUGUAAACCAAAUUGCUACACAAAGGGCUGUCUUGGUAGCUAGGAUAGCUAGAAUAGACUGCCCAAAGGAAUGGGAGGAACUACUUCCAACACUCUUGCAAAUGGUUUUGAGCAACGAUAUUCUUAUUCAACACAGAUCGAUUUUAACCCUCCAACACGUUAUCAAAUCAAUAUCAUCGAGGAGAUUGAUGGGUGAUAGAAGAAUAUUUCAAGAUUUUACUACAAAUAUUUAUAGUUUUAUUGUAAAUUUAUGGAACACUUUUACUGACUUAUUUAUCAGUAAUAUAUGCCAGAAUGAGAACGUAGAAUUGACAAUAUCCAACUUGGAAAAAGCUGUACUAACAUUGAAAAUAUUGAGGAAGUUGACUGUUUAUGGAUUGAAUCGACCUCAUGAGAAUCGGGCUUGUCUCGACUUCUUGAAAGUUUUAUUCGAUAAAACCAAAUCGGCUUUAGAAUGCAGAAAGCAGCUAAAAGGCAAAGGAAUAUAUGUUUUAGAAUUAUGUGAAAAAUAUAUCAAUCACUCGACUAAAGUUUUGAUAUCUCUAUUGGAAAAUCACCCCUUUUCCUUCGUCAGUUUAAUACAUAGCAGUUUAGAAUUUACAAUGUACUAUUUAUUCACCCCUGAGGGAAUCCAGUAUACAUACGAAAGAUUUUCCAUCCAAUGUUUCAACAUAAUAAAGGGAAUACUGCAUUGUAACGAGUAUAAACCGGGAAAAAACGUACAAAGUAUGAAAUAUUCCGAGAUGGUUCACGCUAGAGAUAUAAAAUUGAACUUCUUCCAACCAAACAUACUGACUGAGAUCUGUAGGAGGCUUGUAACUCAUUAUUUCAUCUUGAACCAGGACGAGUUGGACAUGUGGGACACGGACCCCGAAACAUUCGCAAACGACGAAAUCGGUGACAGUUGGAAGUACAGCUUAAGGCCCAGUAUGGAAACGGUUUUUGUCACGAUGUUUCACGAGUUUAGGGAUAUCUUAGCGCCAGUUUUGUUGGAUCUGAUAAGGGAAACCAGUGGGUUAGUGCCCCCGGAAGAUAUGCCUGGGAUUUUGAAAAAAGAUGCCGUUUACAAUGCUGUAGCUUUGGCAGCCUUUGAUUUGUACGAAGAGGUGGAUUUCGACCAAUGGUUCACCACCACCCUGAGUGAGGAACUGAAAAUUAAACAUAACAAUUAUAGGAUAAUAAGGAGGAGAGUGAGCGUCCUCAUGGGAAAGUGGGCGGGCAUCAAGUUGUCCCCUAAACUGAGACCGAGUUUGUACGAAUGUGUCAUAAAUUUGUUGAGCUGUCAAGAGGACAUGGCUGUGAGGUUAACCGCAUCGUCAACUCUUAGGUUUGCCAUUGACGACUUUGAGUUCGAUGCCGAGCAGUUCAAGGAUUAUUUGGAGGCUUCCUUCAACUUACUUUUUCAGCUGCUCAAAGAAGUUUCCGAAUGCGAGACAAAGAUGCACAUUCUAAACGUUAUGACGCUUAUAGUCGAAAGAGUUGGACAUACCAUCCAACCGCAUUCCGAUGCUCUCAUCCAAUACCUACCUCUCAUAUGGAAAGAAUCCGACGACCACAACAUGCUUAGGUGCGCCAUUGUGUCAACUUUAGUGCAGUUGGUCAAGGCUCUAGGAACCGUUGUACCGGAAUUGACCCCAUUCUUAAUGCCAAUAAUAAUGCUGGGUACGGAUCCCAAGCAGUCGGCCAUUGUGUAUCUACUAGAGGACAGUUUGGAGUUGUGGUUAACCGUGCUCGAGAAUUCUUCCUGCAUCACAAAUGAGCUCAUUCAGUUAUUCGACAAUGUGCCGUCCCUCCUAGAUUACUCAACGGAAGCCUUCAAUUUAUGCAUAACAAUUUGUUCAGUUCACACUCUGUUAGCGCCUGAACUCGUUAUGAGGUCGCACGGUGUUCAAAUAAUGACAGUUUGUAAUAAUAUGAUGGCCGAUAUGAAGAACGAGGGAAUUAUGUCGAUUUUGAGAGUUGCCGAAUUGUAUCUGAGAGCUAGUCCGUCUUUGGGGGCCGAAACGGUUUUGCCUAUUCUACCUAGAAUCUUUGAGGGGGUUUACGAGGGUGAGAAAUAUCCUAUGGUUAUGUCAAUGUAUAUAACUGUUGUAUCUAGGGUUUUAAUAUCAUCCCAUACUGUCUUCUCUCAGGUAUUAAGUAGGUUGGCAUCUGUACAUAAUGAAAGCGAAGAAAUAGUCAUGUCCAAAAUAUUGAGAGUUUGGUUACUGAAGAUGCCGAAUGUCUCGCAAACGGAACAGCGGAAAGUAAUGGCCUUAGCACUGGCAAAUCUUCUGACUAUUGUGUCGAGGCCGACCAUGGAAAUGUUCGGGAAUAUUAUGAUACAGAUUUUAGAAGCACUGAAUGACGUCACCAAAACAGACGAAAAUGGCAUUAUCUCGGAUUGUUUGGUGCUGAAUAGGGAUAGGAGUCCCAGUUAUUUCUAUGAAGAAACUGAUGGGUUAUGUGAGACGGAACACGAUCAGAGGAAAAAGCAAUUAAUUUAUACAGAUCCGGUCCAUACCAUUGUUCUUAAAGAAUAUUUUCAAUCUCAAAUGUUCUCCCUGAAAAACCAGUUAGGAUUGCCACAGUAUGAACAGUUGUUGAGUCUGGUGGAUGCUGAUACUAUGUCACAGUUGAAAGAGUAUAUUAGCUUUUGAAAUAUGAUUCAGAAGACAUGUUUUUAUCCUAUUGAUUUUGAAAUAUGUUGAAUGUUAUGUAUAUUGUAAGAAUUUAAUUGGAAAAUUAAUUUAAAUAUCUUAAUAUUUGUAUUUUUAUUAUAUCAUUGACCAAA